GAUAGUCCUAGGGCUUCUCCUUGGUAUGGUCUUUGAUUCCAGGGAAAGAGAAUGCGGCUAUUGGGGAGCCCUAUGGAUGUUCUAGCGCUCUCGCAGCCAUUCAAUCUAGGCGCUGGAUUUCAAGGCCCGUGGAUUCAUCACAGCUCUACACGAAGAUCGCCCCUUCUCGCCAGGUUUGACGCGUCCAAUCUCAUGCUAGGCAGCGUGAGUGGCAGGAGAUCGGCGCGCCCGUGUGCUUCCAGCGACGAUAAUCUCAGCUCGGAAGAUUCGUAUGGGCCGUAUCCAUGGGAUUCUUCGUGGCAAAACUCCGAUGCUGUCGAAUGGAUGCAAGGAGACACCAUCACUCUCUUCACUAGCGAAGGGCUUGUGCGAAUUGGGGGCUCCAGAUUUGCACGUCCCGUGAGUUCUUCGAGGAAAAAACAAAGACUACGGCGCUUUCGCGAAGAGCAGUACAUGGAUCCCAAGCAGGAGCUCUGCCUCGGUGCCGUCUUUGAUAUCGCUGCUACAAACGGAUUGGAUUUAGGCCGCCGGUUCUGCGUCUUUGGCUUUUGCCGCUCCGUGGAGAUGCUCAGCGACGUUGUCGAAGACACGGUUUUAGAACAAGGGGGAGAGGUUGUUAUCGCUGCCAAGCUCACGUCCAGCGAUCUCCACGAGAAGCUCAAGAUGACAGUAGCGAUUCCAUUGCUGUGGGGAGUACCGCCGGGCCUGGAAAAUCUCAACCAGGCAAUUCGCUGCGGCGGUGGCAUCGUCGAGAAAGCUUACUACAGCUGGACCUUCUUCUAAACUCUUGUACAAAACUACACACUGAUCCAUUCAAUGUACAUAAUUGGUACGUAUGGAAACACUUUGGCU